CAGAUAAAAGUGCAAGAUUAGUUGCAAUGCUCUAAAAAAUCAACUUUUUAAAAGGAAAUCUGUGAAAUACACUUAGAGCAAGUGCAAUGGCGUAUACACGGGCCGUCCCCCGUUAUUUUUGGAUUUAAAUUUAAAUCAAAAAGGCCCAUAAUCGAAGGAACGCUUCUUAUUUUAGGACGUUUUUCAUCCGUCGACUUCGCCACGUGUUCAACUGUGAUUGGUUGUAGAUUAUCUCUAGGUUUUCCGAAAAACAUUUCUUUGGACAAAAAUUUCUUUCACUUCUUUAUUUUCUCUCGACGGCGACGAGAGAGGCGAUAGACAUCCUCGUCGAAUUCACGAAGCGAUUCCGUUUCUUCUCACCAGAAUUUCUUACCGAAGCCGAUCUGCUGUUUCUCCCGAGGCCGGUCCGAUCUUAUCAACGUCUCGAAGCUUUCCUGGCGGUCCGAUUUUCACUUAUCUCCCGACGCGAUCUUCUCUUCUCUCCCGAACCGAUCUUCUCUUCUCUCCCGAAGCGAUCUUCUCUUUUCUCCCGACGCUAAUUAAGGUUAAGUAAGAAAUGGGACACGACUAUAGCUACUCUCAGCCUGACUCAUCCGAUCUGGCUGAUAAGCACUCAGAGGACACUGCGGAGAGAGAGCUAGAUGCUUUGAUUCGUAUGGAUGAAGCAGAGUCGAGGGUAUACCCCCCUCAGCCUGAGGUGGAGCAUGGAUUCCCGAAGGAAUGCUACUGUGGUGCGCAGCCUAUUCUGUCGAACUGCUACAAUAGAAGGUUCUUUACAUGUCCAAAUGUCGAUGAUGGAGAGAUGCAUAUUCACAAGUGGUGGGAUGUGGCUGUAGUGGAGGAGUUGAGGGACAAUGAUAGAAGAUAUGAAGUGAUGGUUGAGAAGGUAGAUUACUUAACUUUGUUCAAUGAAUAUGAAUCAGAGAUCAAUGAGAAGAUGGUUAUGUUAGAGAAUGUAGUUAACGAGAUACGUAAUGAAAAUAGGUUUAGAUAUAUAACUGAUUUGCUGGUUGUUUGUGUCAUGGUUAUUUUCGCAUGUAUUUUGUUCAUGUCUACUUAUUAAAUGAGACUUUGUAAUAACUCACGGGUACUUGUUGUUUUCCUAUGUAUGUUGUUUUGUUUUCCUAUCUCACGGGUACUUGUUGUUUUUUUAGCUAUGUACUUUGUUUUGUUUUGUUAUCCCACGGGAAACUUGUUGUUUUGUUUUGUUCAGACUCACGGGUUACAAAAUAAUGCAACUCACGGACACUAGUCUUUUCUUCCUAUAUAUGAUAACUCGUAACUCUCACCAAACAAGACCAAAUCAAGAAAACAUUCUCAAGAACCACCUUCUUCUAUACAAAACAUUCUCAACAAAACAUUCUCAACAAAACAUUCUCAAGCAAAAUACUCAUACCAAACACGAUCAAACCAACAACAUAUUGGCAGUUAUUUCUUCCUCUAUAUUCCUUUCUCUUCCUUUCUCUUCCUUUCUCUUUAAUAUAAUUUACAUCUUCCUUUCUUUUCCUUUCUCUUCAAAUGGGAUCAUCUUCAAAUCAUUAUCACUAUCAAGCCGAUGAUAAUCAUUAUCACUACCAAGCAGAUGACAGUGAUAAUUUUGAGGGCUAUUUAGAAAACAUUUAUGAUGUUUCGCACAUUAUUCCAGAACCAAACCAGCCACACGAUAGGAUUUAUAUCGAGCGAAACCGGGAAGAAGGCCACAAUAAUCUUUGGAAUGAUUAUUUUAGUGACACUCCAACAUAUCCAGAAUAUUUAUUCCGGCGACGGUUUCGCAUGCACAAGCCAUUGUUCAUGCGAAUUGUGCAACGUCUCUCUACCGAAAUCGAAUAUUUCCGCCAAACCCAAGAUGCAACUGGACGGGCUGGUCUUUCACCUAUACAAAAAUGUACUGCAGCAAUUCGUCAAUUGGCAUAUGGUACUUCUUCUGACAGUAUUGACGAGUAUGUACGAAUUGGUGCUUCGACAGCUCGGAAAUGUUUGCACGAGUUUACCGCCGGCAUCAUCCAAGUGUUUGGAGAUGAAUAUCUAAGACGUCCUACACAGGAGGAUCUACAUAGACUACUCUAUCAGAAUGAACAGCGUGGAUUUCCCGGGAUGAUUGGUAGCAUUGAUUGUAUGCAUUGGGGGUGGAAGAAUUGUCCCACGGCUUGGAAAGGCAUGUAUUCACGAUCAACCGGAAAACCUACAAUUGUGUUGGAAGCGGUAGCUUCGUAUGACCUAUGGAUAUGGCAUGCCUUUUUUGGAGCUCCAGGUACUAUGAACGAUCUUAAUAUUCUUGAUCGUUCUAAUGUUUUUGAUGACAUAAUAACCGGUAAAGCUCCCGAAGUCCACUACGUUGUCAACGGAAGGGAGUACAAUUUGCCGUACUAUCUCACCGAUGGUAUUUAUCCAAAUUGGGCCACUUUUAUUCAAUCUAUCCGACUUCCACAAGGUAUGAAAAAUUCUCUCUUUUCUAAAAAACAAGAAGCUGUUCGGAAAGAUGUUGAGCGUGCCUUUGGAGUCUUGCAAGCUAGAUUCGCCGUUAUUAAAAAUCCGUCUCGCUUAUGGAAUAAAUACAAAAUGGCAAAUGUUAUAAGAUCAUGCAUAAUACUCCAUAAUAUGAUUGUCGAAGAUGAACGACAUACAUACAGUUACAGAAACAUUGUUUCUGAAUUUCAACACGGAGAACAUGUCGAUCAAACAUAUACUGUUGGUGCUCCCGGUGUCGGUUCAAAUAUCAGCACUACGAUUACUCGUCAAACAAGACUUCGGGAUAAACAAGCCCAUGACCAACUAAAACAUGAUUUGAUUGAGCAUAUUUGGACUAACUUCGGACAUCUUCCAAAUAAUGAAGAUUAAUUUUCA